AUGCUGAAUAGUCUGUUUAUUGUCAACACAUCUGGAGAUGUGAUUCUCGAAAAGCAUUGGAAAUCAGUAAUUCAUCGCUCCAUAUGUGAUUACUUUUUCGACGCACAGAAAAAGUCUACAUCUUAUUCUGAGUAUCUUCUGCUUGCUUUCACUGCAAACGAUUUUAUUUGCUUCUUUUCUCAACCAUAUCUCAUUUACACUUGGCUCCCUGCUGCUUCACCAGAGGAUGUUUCCCCUGUGCUAUCGACUCCUCACCAUUACUUAAUAAAUGUGUACCAUAAUCAAGUCUACUUUUUAGCGGUAACAACUACAGAAAUUCCUCCUCUAAUGGUUAUUGAAUUUCUGCAUCGUGUUGUGUACACUUUUACGCAAUACUUCGAUGAAUGUUCGGACACUUCUAUCAAAGAGAACUGCGUCAUGGUGUUUGAGGUCACGGGUCGAACAAACCAUUCCGAAACACUGCCAACAGGACAGCUUUCGAAUAUUCCUUGGCGACGGCAAGGAGUCAAAUACACAAAUAAUGAGGCAUAUUUCGAUGUUAUUGAAGAAAUCGACGCUAUUAUUGACAAACAAGGAGCCACAGUUUUUGCCGAAAUUCAAGGCUAUAAUGAACGUGUUUUAUCAUUUGUACCCCCAGAUGGAAACUUCCGCCUGCUAUCUUAUCAUAUCGCCACACAAAAUAUGGUAGCCAUACCUAUUUAUGUACGACACUGCAUUGUAUUGAAAGGAGGCGCAGGCAGCCGGAUAGAGAUGACCGUAGGACCAAAACAGAGCAUGGGAAAGAUACUAGAAGACGUAGUCGUGGAAAUGUCUAUGCCGAAAGCUGUUUUGAAUUGCAACUUGGUCCCGUCACAAGGUAAAUGUACAUUUGAUCCAACGUCGCAUUUGCUCCAGUGGACCAUCGGAAAAAUAGAGCUUGGAAAACCGCCAAACAUCAAAGGAACGGUAUCCGUUUCUGGAACAACUAGUAUUGAGACCCCGCCGAUCUCAUUGAAAUUUCGCAUCAAUCAAUUAGCGGUUUCUGGGCUCAAAGUGAACCGCUUGGAUAUGUACGGCGAAAAGUACAAACCUUUCAAGGGGGUGAAAUAUAUCACCAAAGCAGGGAAAUUUCAAGUUCGCACGUGA